AUGGCGAAACUAAACGUAGCAAUUAUCCCAGGGAACGGCGCUGGUGGAGACAUCAGAAGCUGCAACUGGUAUGGCUGGCUGCAGGACGAGCUUCAGCCGGGAAUCGAAUGUCGCCUUCGCGACAUGCCAGAUCCUUACUACGCCAAGAGUUCUGUGUGGCUGCCGUUCAUGCAGAAGAGUUUGCGCUGCGACGAGUCCACGGUCGUAGUUGGUCACAGCUCAGGCGCUGUUGCUGCCCUGCGCUAUGCCGAGACUCAUCGCGUUCGUGGCAUUAUCCUCGUCUCAGCGUAUCUUUCCGACCUUGGUGAUAGUGUGGAGGCGGCCAGUGGGUACUUCGAUGGCGAAUGGAACUGGCAGGCGAUCUCCAGCAACAGUAGUUUCAUCGUGCAGUUUGCCUCCAAAGAUGAUCACCUGGUGCCGUUCUCAGAGCAGUUGAAGGUAACUGCUGAACUGCGGCAGCACGGCGAGGUGGAUUUGCAGGAGUUUGAAGAUCGAAAUCACUUCAUGCAGUCGGCCUUUCCGGAGCUGGCGCACAUCAUCCGUGCACGAACACAGACAUGA